CCUAAAUAAGGUAAACAACAAAGACCAAGCGAAGUCAGCUCUCUUUCAACAUAUCUUUGUUUUGUCCUCUUAGCUUACGUAAAGGGAGCAUUCGUAAUCUGAGAUGGAGCCGUCGUCGUCACGUAAACGGAAAAGGAACUCGAGACCUAAGUCUCGUGCACCAGAGAGAUCCAAUGCGUUGGAUCAGAGGUUGAGGAAGAGGAAUCCACCAAAGCCGAGUGAUGAUGGAUCUGAUGAUGAAGUCCAGUAUCUUGGAACGAGAAGGUCUCAGACAGAUGUUCAAUAUCGAUUCGAAGUUCCUAAGAAUCCUUGGGAGAGUGUUUUUACACGACAGCCCUAUUUUGGCCCGGCUCACCCAAUGCCACCGCCAAGAUUUGAUCAGGUUGCUCUUGAUGCUGGAAGGUGGUUUAAUACAUCCACAAUGGCCCCGGGGAGUAGUGUUGGUCCUGUUGUUGGAGCCUCUAACCAAUACAGUGGACCUUCUGGUGUAAUGAACCAAGAUCAUCUGAUGAACAAUCCUCCUGUGAUUACUGGCAAUCAUUUGGAACCACUAGAAAGGUUUAUAACGCCUCCGUUUGAUCAGGAGCCCUGUCCUCGUCCUCGCUCUGCUCACUCUGUUCCACCGCCAAGAUUUGAGGAGGCUGCUUCUGAUGCUGGUAGACGUUUAACUACAUCCACAAUGCCUUCUUAUCAAAUCUAUCCUGGCUCUACUCAGCAUGCUCCACUGCCAAGAUUUGAGGAGGCUGCUUCUGAUGUUGGUAGACGUUUAACUACAUCCACAGUGCCUUUUUAUCAGCCCUAUCCUGGCUCUGCUCAACAUGCUCCACCGCCAAGAUUUGAGGAGGCUGCUUCUGAUGCUGGAAGACGUUUAAAUGCAUCCACAGCGACUUCUAUUGAGCCCUAUCCUGGCUCUGCUCAACAUGCUCCACCACCAAGGUUUGAGGAGGCUGCUUCUGAUGCUGGAAGACGCUUAGAUGCAUUUACAACGGCUUCUCAUGAGCCCUAUCCUGGCUCUGCUCAACAUGUUCCACCACCAAGGUUUGAGGAGGUUGCUUCUGAUGCUGGUAGACGUUUAACUACAUCCACAGUGCCUAUUUAUCAGCCCUAUCCUGGCUCUGCUCAACAUGCUCCACCGCCAAGGUUUGAGGAGCCUGCUCCUGAUGCUGGAAGACGUUUAGCUACAUCCACAAUGUCUUCUUUUGACCCGUAUCCUGGCUCUUCUCACGCAGUUCCAUCGCCAAGAUUUGAGGAUGGUCUUUCUGAUGCUGGAAGAUGUUUAAAUGCAUCCACAAUGCCGGGGAGUAGCGUUUGUGCUGUUGUUGGAGCCUCUAACCAAUACAGCGGGCCUUCUAGUGUAAUGAAGCAAGGUCAUGUGCAGAACAAUCCUCCUUUGGAUACAAGCAAUCAGGUGAAACCAGUAACAAAGUUUGGUUCGGCUCACCCUGUUCCACCGACAAGAUUUGAGGAUGCUGGAAGAUGUUUAAAUACAUCCACAAUGGCUCCCGGGAGUAACGUUUCUGCUGUUGUUGGAGCCUCUAACCAAUACAGCAGACCUUCUGGUGUAAUGAGGCAAGAUAUGCAGAACAAUCCUCUUUUGGAUACAAGCAAUUAUAUGAAACCAGUAAAAAUGUUUGGCUCGGCUCAACCUGUUCCCCCACCAAGAUUUGUGGAGGGUCCUCUUAAUGCUGGAAAAUAUUCAAAUGCAUCCACAAUGCUGGGGAGUACUGUUUGUGAUGUUGUUGGAGCCUCUAACAGUGGACCAUCUGGUGUAAUGAAUCAAGAUCAUGUGCAGAACAAUCCUCCUUUGGUUGCUAGCAAUCAGGACCUUGAGAAGCUACUGGAAGGUUUUGAGGAUACGGAAUUUAGUGACGCUGCUAUUGAGGAGAUGAUGGAAUAUAUUGCAGGAACAAAGUCGCCUGAGGUUAAUGCAGACACAAUGUUCGUGGAUCAAUAUGAGAAACAGGGAGUUGCUGCGGCUAUUGAGCUGAUGACAUGGGAAGAAGGGACAACAUCGGAGGCUAAUGCUGGCACAGUGUCUCCACAAAGGUGUAACAAGGCAGGUGUCUCACUGCUUGAAAACCUCACAGAAGAGGAGAUCAACUUGCAUUUAACGAGCCUGACCACGAAGUCAAGUGAUCAGGUAAACUUAUAUAUAGAAAAGUCUGACCUCGAGGAGGAAUCAUGUCACUUGUGUGGCGAUGGCAAACUCUCGUUUCCACCACCUCCAAUAUACUGCUUAUCAUGCCACCGCCGCGUUGGUGACAAAGGUUUCUAUUACACCCCUGCGGAAGAGGAAGUGACAAGCGAUGCUCAGCUUUACCUCUGCCGUCCUUGUUACCACCCUUUAGCAAGCAAGGUCACGUUAAUAACUGGAGUCACUUUCACAAAAUCCAAAAUGGUUAAGAGGAAUAACGCUGACAACCAAGUUAUGGAACAGUAUAUUCAGUGUGGAACUUGCGAGAAAUGGCAACAUCAGAUAUGUGGUCUGUACAACAUGCUUAAGGACAAAGACAAAACAGCAACCUAUGUUUGUCCCAAAUGUUUACUAGAUGAGCGUAAAGUGAACAACAACAUGCCAGUCCCUGAAAAUGCAGAUUGGAGAGCAAAAGACCUGCCUGCAACCAUGCUCAGCUUCUUUCUAGAGAGAAGGCUAGAGAGGCGCCUUGGGGAAGAGAGAAGCCAAACCGCAAACGCUUUGAAGAAGAACAUAGAUGAUGUACCUGAACCAGAGGCUCUUACUCUCAGAGUUGUGUAUUCUGCUGACAAACUCACAACCGUCUACAAACCACUUGCAGAUUUGCUCCAGAGAGAAAACUAUCCUACUGAGUUCCCUUACAGAUCAAAGGCUAUUCUCGUAUUUCAAAAAAUAGAUGGUGUUGAUGUAUUCAUCUUUGCUUUGCUUGUCCAAGAGUUUGGAUCAGAAUGUAGCCAACCUAACCAACGCAGCACAUACAUCGUAUAUCUCGAUUCAGUCAAGUACUUUAGACCAGAGAGAAAAACAUUCUCUGGAGAAUCUCUGAGAACUUUCGUUUAUCAUGAAAUAUUGAUUGGAUACCUUGAGUACUGUAAGCUUAGGGGUUUCACAAAGAGUUACAUAUGGUCAUGUUCACCAGACCCUGGAACAGAAUACAUUAUGUACUCUCAUCCUAAGACACAGCAAACCCCCACUGACAAGAAGCUUCUUCAAUGGUACGAGUCAAUGCUUAAAAAAGCAGUCGAGCAAGGUGUGGUGAUGAAUAUUACAAACUUGCAUAAACGGUUCUUUGUUCAGACAGAGGAGUCAACCUCCAACAUGACAGCUGCACGGUUGCCUUACUUUGAAGGAUGUUUCUGGUCCAACCAUGCUGAGUGUGAGCUUCAAAAAAUCGAGAAAGAUAAGAACAACGAGUUGCCCAGGAUGUUGAAGUCGCUUACUAAAAGAAAACUGAAGUGUUUGAAUUACAAAACUACGGGUCGUUGUGUUGAUGUUGUUGACGUUAAAAACAUUCUCCUCAUACAAAAGCUUGAAACAAAAGUACUCGAAGAGAAGGAAUAUCACCUGGUGGUGGAUCUGAACUAUUCAUGCACUCGUUGCUUGAAACCUAUAUUGUCUGGAUCGAGAUGGUUUUGCUACAAAUGCAAGAAUCUUCAUCUUUGUGAAAGCUGCUAUGAUGCAAAAGAAGAGCUACCUGGUGAACACAUAUAUGAUCCCAAUAAAGAAGAGAAGCAUAAUCUCACAAAGGAGCUGGUGAAAGUUACAACAGUGGAUAAUGAUAUCAUCCUAGAAGACAGUAUAUUCGAAAGCAGACAAGGGUUCUUAGCUUUGUCUCAAAAGAAUAAUUACAUGUUCAACACACUUCGACGUGCCAAGCAUUCUUCGAUGAUGAUACUUCACCAUCUUCAUGCAUCGAACAAGGACCAUCUCCAUCGUCGCUCUGAAAACUCUAGCACCAGUCUCAUCACAUGCACGGACUGCAAGAAAGAUGUUUCGCCGACAACGCUCUACUUCCCUUGUGUGCUUUGUCAUGAUUACAGAGCUUGCAUUGGAUGUUAUAACGACAACAUUACGCUUCGUCAUAAUCAUCUUUUCUCUUCACUCCCUUCAGCUAAUGGAUCAGUGCCUAUAAGUGGUAUGGUAAAUGUUCUAGAGUUCAUGAACGCAUUAGGGCAUGCGUAUCAAUGCCGCCUCACCACCCCGGCUUCUACUGAGUCGUGCUCAUACCCUAAAUGCAACUUAGUUAAAUCAUUGUACAGUCACAUUAAACAAUGCGAAAGCAGAGUGACUGGAGAUUAUUGUGUUAUUUGCCUCCGAAUGUCACAGGCAGUAAGGUUUCACGCCAUCCAUUGCCAAGAGAACAUUUGCUCCAUACCAGGCUGCAAAGUUAUACUGAGAUACCUCAUUCGGAGGGGUUAUGUAAGGAACUAAAAGAGGAGAGGGAAGGACGGAUUUGUACAUUGCAUAGGUGCUAUGAUGACAUAUAGUGUUUUUGACUAUAGAAGAAGAAACUGUACAGAUUAAGAACCUUUCCAUAACUAUUGGUUUGUUGUCAAGAGUGCUCAGACACUCAGUUGUUUUUUUCCUUUGUUAAGUAGAGAGAACAUAAGUUUGGUGUUGUUGAUAGGUUUGUUCCUAUCUGAGUAAUUUAAACUUUUCCUUUUUAUUUUGUCAAUCAUUAUACAUAUCAUUCCUUUUGUGUAAGUUAAAUUAUUCGUUUGUUAUUCUAAGUGCAUUCU